CGCUCUUCCGGCAGAGCGACGAGCGCGACGGAGCCCACCGAUGCGUCCGGCAGCCCCUGCUGAUGCUCGGCAUUGCUCCGGGGCUUUCCGGUGGUCGGUGGGAGAGGCUCGAGACGCCACCGCCGCGGCCGCGCGCUAGAAUGCUGCGCCAGGUGUUGCACGCGGGCCUGAGGACCUCCUUCCACGCGCUCGGCCGCUUCGUGGCCAGCCACCCGGUGUUCUUCGCCUCGGCGCCGGUGCUCCUCUCCAUCCUGCUCGGGGCCAGCUUCAGCCGGUACCGCGUGGAGGAGGACGUGGAGAGCCUGCUCGCGCCCAAGCACAGCCUGGCCAAGAUAGAGGGCAACCUGGUGGAAAGCCUGUUCCCGGUGAACCGGUCCAAGCACGCGCUCUACUCCGACCUGCAGACCCCGGGCCGCUACGGGCGCGUGAUCGUCACCACCCGAAAGGGCAGCGUGCUGGACCCGGUUCACCUGGACGCCAUACUCAAGCUCCACAAGCGGAUCUACCAGAUGCAGGUGACGGUCCCGGCCACCGGCGCCAACAGCUUCAACUACUCCUUCUCCUACCUCUGUCUGCCCGACGACAAGAACGUGUGCAUCAUCGACGACAUCAUCCGCGCCAUGGAGCAGAUCCAGGCGGCGCGCGGCGCCAACGCCUCCGUGCCGCUCCUGCGCUACCCGAUCACGCGGCUGGCGGACGGGCGCCAGGCGUACGUGGGCCACCAGCUGGGCGGCGUGCAGGGCUGGGGCCCCGGCGGGGCGAUGCGGAGUCAGGGGGCGCCGGGGGCCAAGGGCGAGGGCGUGCGGUCGGCCCGGGCGCUGCAGCUCACCUACUACCUCCAGGCCCGCGGCGGCCUGAUGGACCGCGUGGCCGGCCAAUGGGAGAAGGCCUUCUGCGGCGAGCUGCGGCGCUUCGCGGCGGCGCACCCCAAACUGGGCCUGUACCCGUCCACGUCGUCGUCGCUGAGGACGGACUUCCAGUUCUCCUCGGUGCUGGCGCGCCGCCCCCUGCUGGCCAGCCUGGGGGCGUGCGGCGUGCUGGCCGUGCUGUGCUGCUCCAUGAGGGACUGCGUGAGGUCCAAGCCGUGGCUCGGCCUGCUGGCCCUGCUGUCCGUCACGCUGUCGGGCCUCACCGCGGCCGGCAUCCUCAACCUGACGGGGGCCACGUACAACUCCACCUACCUGGGCAUCCCCUUCGUCAUGCUCGGCCACGGGCUCUUCGGCUCCUUCGAGAUGCUGUCGUCGUGGCGACGGACCCGCGAUGACCAGCACGUGAAGGAGCGCGUGGCGAGCGUCUUCGAGGACGUGAUGCUGCGCUUCUCCGGCUCCACCGCGCUCCACCUGACCACGCUGGGCCUGGCGGCGUCGCCGCUCACCAACAUGGAGGCGGUGCGCCUCUUCUGCCGCACCGCCGCGCUCGCCGUCGCCGUCGGCUACGUGUACACGCUGUCCUUCUACAGCUCCUGCCUGGUGUUCACCGGCUACCUGGAGACCGGCUACCGGCACGGCUGCUUCUGCCGCCGGGUGCCCAAACCCGACCGGCUGGACUCCAAGCCGGCGUGGUACCGGUGCCUCAUGUACACGCGCUACCAGGAGGAAGCGCCGGCGAACAACGAGCCCAACCCUCAGGACUCCCACCUCUUGCUGGGGUGCGUGAGGCGUUGCUACGGCGACUGGAUCACCAACACCUACGUCAAGCCCUUCGUGGUGCUGCUGUACCUGGUCUACAUCUCCUUUGGCUUGAUGGGCUUCCUGCAGGUGACUCAGGGCUCCGACCCCAGCGCGCUGGUCGCCAUGGACACGGCGACCGUGCUGUACACGCGCGCCCAGCAGCGCUACUUCAGCGCCUACUCGCCCGUCAUCGGCUUCUACAUCUACGAGAGCGCCCCCUACUGGAACGCCUCGGUGCAGCACGACCUGCUGGAGUACGCCAAGGGCUUCCAGCGCAUCAGCUGGCUGGAGGCGUACCUGAGCUACCUGUCGGAGCGCAACCAGUCCGCCAGCCAGCCGCGCGAGAACUUCACGCGCACGCUGCGCCGCGCCUUCCUGCGCGAGCCGCGCUUCGCCCACUUCGCCGACGACAUCAUCUUCGCCGAGCGGGGCCCCGGCGAGGAGCCCGACGUGGCGGCGUCGCGCCUCUUCCUGGUCGCCAAGACGACGGAGAACAAGCGCGAGGAGAUGUCGGUGCUGCUGGACACGCUGCGGCGCCUGUCGCUGACGUCGCGCGUCCGCUUCCUGGUCUUCAACCCGUCGUUCGUGUACCUGGACCGCCACGCCGCCGCCGUCAGCUCGCCGCUGCGCCACUCGCUGCUGGCGGCGCUCCUCCUGCUGGGCCUGUCGUCGCUGGCGCUGGUGGAGCCGCUGGUGGCGGCGUGGCUGGGCCUCACGCUGCUGUCGGUGCAGUUCGGCGUGCUGGGCUUCAUGACGCUGUGGGGCGUGGAGCUGGACUGCGUGUCGGUGCUGUGCCUGAUCGCGGCGCUGGGCCACGCCGCCGACUGCUGCGGGCCGCUGCUGUGCGGCUUCUCGUCGGGCCGCGGCGGCAGCCGGACCCGCUGGGUGAGGGUGGCGCUGGAGCGGCACGGCGUCCCCUCGCUGCAGACGCUCGUCUGCUACGGCGCCGCCCUGGUGCCCGUGGGCUCGGUGCGCUCCAACCUCACACACACACUGUUCCGCUGCCUGGCGCUCACCGCCGGCUGCUCGGCGCUGCACACGCUCGCCUUCCUGCCCACGCUGCUCACCUUCCUGCCGCCCUGCAAGGACCGGGGGGGGGGCGGCGGCGGGGGCCCGCCGGCCGACGGCGGCGGCGACGGCGAGGUGCAGAGGCAGGAAGUGGAGGGCGUCGAGAUGAACGACAGCACGCGGGUGGUCGACCAGAUCACCACCGUCUGAGCGCGGGGCGACGACGAGGAGGACGAUGACGAUGACGACGUUGGGUUUUCUUUCUUUCUUUUUUUUUUCUUCUUUUUUUCUGGGCCCCUUUGUUGCCAUGGCGACUGACGGCCCGGGAAUUGGUUUUCACUGUGAGCUGCCGCUUCUGCGUCUGCGGACGCCGAUUUCUUGUAAACGGAGGAGGAAAAAAAGGAGA